UUCUCUGCCUUUGUUCCAUCCCUUCUGUGGAUGAGACUGACUUCUGUCAACAUGACUACCCCUCUGUUCAUCGCGCUGUCUGUCCUGGCUGUGCUGGCCCUUGGGUCAUGUCUACCUAUCUUUCCUGAGGAGCAGCCCUAUGUGGAGCGUGCUGGUAUCCAAUACAACGCUAGGCCUUACACCUCCUUCCUCACUGUGCCCAAUGGAGAGCAGUUUGGGAACUGGACCUGGCCCGAGAUGUGUCCCGACAAGUUCUUCGCUGUUGGGUUCAUGCUCCGGGUGGAGUCCGAACAGUACGGUCUGGACGACACUGCCCUGAAUGGCAUUCGCUUGAUCUGCGCUAAAGGCGAAGAUAGGAGCUUCUUGUACACAAUUGAGUCUCACACUGGAUUCUAUGGUGACUGGUCGGACCCACAGUAUUGCCCCAGGGGUGUGCUGACUUCCUUCCAGCUGCGUGUGGAGCCCCACCAGGGUCUGUUCGGUGACGACACAGCCGCCAACAACAUCAGGUUCCGCUGCAGCAGCAACCCCACCCUCACAGGCGCCGGCCUGGACUACGGUGAGUACAGCCUCUGGAGCCAGGAUUGUGGCGACGGAGGAAUCUGUGGCAUCGAGACUAAGAUGGAGGAAUACCAGAACGGUCUGGAUGACUCCUCUCUCAAUGACGUGCGCUUCCACUGUUGCGCCAAACUCCAGCAGUAAUCAUCUGAGAGAGACACCUCUUUUGGACCAGUCUUAACCAACCAACCAACCUAUCAGCCCAGACCUGUCAACACACAGGCUCUGACCCAUGGUCCAUUCAAUGCAAUCUACACCCAAUACCUGAAUCUACCACUGGUUCAAACUUAAUAAAUCAUUAAACUGUC